AUGCAGACUGUUAGUAAUUGGGUACAUAUAAAAAGUCAAGGAGAAAUAGCAAUUUCUAAUUUCUUUGAACAACAAAAAAAAUUAUUACGUGCUAAUAUAUUGAAGAAAUCUGAUGAAAUUGAUGAUUGGCAUAAUGGAAUUAUUCGAUUAAUUCAAGAACAUGUAGCUAAACAAAAAGCUACGCUUCAACAUGAAUAUGAACAACAAAAGGGUCGUUUAACUGCUAAAUAUCGAGAUUUUAUGGAUACACUAUUUGUUUAUGAGGAAAAUCACAAUUCAAAACAAAUUGAACAAUUAAUAAAGCAAUGUUCUACUUUGAAAUUUGAAUUAAGUAUGUUUGAAUAUCCUAAUCGUAAUAUUCCAUUUAUUCAAUUAACAACAACACAACAAUCAACGGAAACAAAGAAAGUCGAACAUAAUAUAAAUCAGGCUAAGGAUGAUCUAUCACAAAUUACAUCUAGAGACAAUCGAAAUAUUGACACUAUGCAUCAUACAGGUGUAAAUAAAACUUCAUUAGCAGCAGCAACAUCUUCAGUUACUGAAAAAAUCAAUCAAUUAUCAGUAAUACCAAAAUCAACGAAUAUACAUAGUCAAAUCAUAAAUAGUAACGAUAAUAAAUAUUUUGAUGUCAAUGAUCGCAAAGAUGAUAUUAAUAUGUGUCCAACAUGUUAUAUGAUUUUUCCGGCAAAUAUGACAACAAAAGAACGUUCUGGACAUAUCAAUGAACAUUUCAAAGAAUCUUAA